CAGCAGGAGCAGCAGACGGUCAGAGUAGGAACCAAGAAUCCAGUGUUUGUUUCCGGCGGAACGGUGCCCGUCGGACCGCCGUCCUCCUUCGGCAUGUUGCUCCUCGGAAGGUUGCAGAGGCUCAAAGCUGUCUUUACUCUCCGCGUGAAUCCAGGUGUGAGGACGGUGUCGUUGGACGGAGUCCAGCAGGGGGAUGACGCGCUCGUGAAGAUGGAGAACCCGUACCUGCAGCCGCCGCGCGGCUGCAUCCUCUGCAACGUUAACGUGGACUACAAGAACAUCCAGCUGCUGUCUCAGUUCAUCUCUCCUCACUCUGGGCGGAUCUACGGACGACACCUGACAGGGUUGUGCGGCAGGAAGCAGAGGGAGGUGACCAAAGCCAUAAAGAAGGCUCAGGCUCUGGGUUUCAUGCCGGUGACCCACAAACACCCGCAGUUCAUGAAAGACCCCAACAUCUGCAGCACCAAGCGCCUGGAGUAGGACCGACCCGCUUCAGCCGGCGCUCCGUGCUGCAUUCAGGGACGUUCUACCUGCAUCGCCUCAACAGCACCUGAAAGUCAUGAGGAGGCGCCAGACCCUGUCCAGGUGUUACCAUAGAAACCACGCCCCCCGCCCUGCAGCAGGUGACUCUGUCCCAGUUCCAGAAACCCGCCGACUUGGUGGAUCUUCAUGAACAGUUCUGGUUCCGGAGCAGUGCGAGUUCUGUUACUGUGUGGUUCUGUUGUACAGCUGCUUAUGAGGACAUUAACUUUAAAAAUGUAUCAUCUGAGAUUCAUUAAAGUCUGAAAAAGCCCA